UCCGAUGCCAGUGUCCAAUCCAACACCAUGAGCCAAGUAACUGGCAAAUCAGAUUCAACUGCUGGAUGGUCCGAGAUCCAAGACCUUCUCCAACAAACCCAGAUGGAAAACACCUCCAUGAGACAGCAGCUGGACUCGCUCCGUCAAGAAAACCGCCACCUCAAGGACCGACUCAAGACCCAUGACCUGGAAACCCUCGACUCAAAGACGGAUAACGAGAAGGCUCUGCUGCUGAGAUUGGAAGGAUCUGUCAGCGGUGAUGACAGGUCUCAUCAUGCGGACGAGGACCUGGACGAGACGACAGGUUCCUAUGUCAUAGCUGAUUCAAACGGUGAACAGAUACUGCCAGGGUUUCCUUCCUCAUCGUCGGAAGGAUCUAUGCUGCCGGAGGAACCCUCUAAUGUGUCGGACAGCAACUGGGACAUCAUGAGCAGCGAGGGGGAAGGCUCUGUGGCCUGUUUACAGGACCGCAUCCACCAGAUGGAGGAGAAUCAUUACACAGUGAAUGAAGAGCUUCAGGCGACUUUGCAGGAACUUGCAGACCUGCAAGAUAACGUCACCGAACUCACAUAUGAGAACGAGAAGAUCACCGAUGAAAAGACUGUCGUUAUUGAGGCGCUAUAUCGGCAGCUUGAGAAGGUAGAACAACUGAAAUCCAUUUUAGAAGCAUUGAAGGUUCGUCUUGAAGAUACUGAAGUUGAAAUAGGUCUUGAGGAUCUAGACGACACUUUCAACACGGCAUUUACAGAUGUUUCACUGCAAAGUGUAGACAUGUCGGAUACCAGCACAGCACAAAGCCAAGGGGAUAGGAAAAGGCUCUCUGAAAUUUUGUGUGAACAUCGCAAGGAGUCGCAGUCUGAAAUCGGUAAGCUCAAGGACAAGUUGAGAGAACAGGAGGGUUCCCUAGCGGCCACUUUGCAAGAAAUGGAGCAGCAGUCUCAGGAGCUAACAGUGGCCAAGGGGAAGCUGGCAAGCACUGAGGUGGAGCUGGAACGUACACAGGCCACGAUGGAAGAGGAAAGACGACGUCUGACCGACAUGCUGCAACACCAAGAUCCGGAAGGCAAACUGAAUCUUGUCAUGCUAAUGGACAACGCGAAGCAAGAGAAGGAAGCCGUGGAGCAUCGCUGCUCUAUCCUGGAACGAGCUCUACGAGAGAGCCAGCAACAUGCUGCCAAACAGCAACUGGAGAUAGAAGCCUCAGAUGAAGACUUUGAGGCAGCCAAGGAGCAUGUCGUUAGGGAAGUCGCCCAAAUGAAGGAGCUGAUCCAAGAGAUUGAGGGAGAGAAGCAGGAGUUGGAAACGGAGGUUAUCAACCUUAAAGAGACGGUCCUGGAAUUCGAAGAGGCGAGGGAAAGACAUGAGGCAGACAAGCAGAAGCACCUGACCACAAUUGCUGAUCUCAAUCAGGCAGUGCAGAAUCUCCGCAAAGAGAAACAGGACCAUCACAGGGAACUAAUUGAACUCAAAAGAGUCAGUGCGCGUGAUACUGAGGAAUGGAUGCAAUUCCAGAAAGACCUUCAAUAUGCUGUAGUCAUUGCAAACGAUUACCGCAGCGAGGCCUUAACAGAGGUCCAGCAGUUAGAAAAAGACAAAGAGGAACUCGUGGGCAAAAUCAAGAGUCUGAAUGCAGAGUUAGAGCGGCUCAGGAAACUAGAGCGUUUGAACACAAAACCAAAUCUGAGUCCUAUCCACCUCAAACCGACCUCGACAGAAUGUGAAAUCCGCCAGAGAAUGCAGGCGUACAUGAAAUCCGAUCCUGAAAUGGGGAACCGUGCAACUAGGAAAGCAAAUUCCACCAAUACCCAGCUUUCUGUCAAGAGCCUAAUCAAGUCCAUCGAAACUGCUGCGGCAGAAGACACGCCCAAGGUUCCUCAGAGUCCAACUUCUCCAUCUCCUGUAGCCGCCUUCCCGAGGCCCUUGUUGGAGAGACGGAAUACAACCACAGCGUCAACGAAACCGUAUGACUCCAAGCCAGCGUUCACACGGCGUAAUACUACCACUGCUCUUUUGUCCACCGAUACCAAGAACAGCCUGGUUCUUGCGACUCGUGCGUCAGAUGACAUGAAACUACCCAAGGAGCCGUUGAGACCUCUGUUUGCUUCGGACGCCCCUCUGCGGUCGCCAACAGCACGGUCACCGGGGGGUUCUCGCAGCGAAGCUCGACAAGCCAUUGGAGAUGCACUGUUUAGGAGAGGGGACUUUCCAACGCGUAAGAGCAGCAGUCCAACGACACAGACUGCUCGUGAUUCGCCGGAUUUAGCGAAGACAACUGGAAGUCCAGCUAACGCAAGAAGGGCAAGCGAGACUGAGAAAAAGGACCCGCUGUCUGUGCUAGUCAAGUCUGGUGGUGGUGGAUCCAAAAGGAAUGCUCUGCUCAAAUGGUGUCAAGCCAAGACUGCAGGAUUUAAGACGAUUGAUAUCACAAACUUUAGCAGUAGUUGGAAUGAUGGACUUGGUUUCUGUGCUAUCAUGUUUAGCUAUAUGCCUGACAAGAUUCCAAUGCAUGAACUCAAUAGUCAAGACAAGAGACGCAACUUUACUUUAGCUUUCAAGGUGGCUGAGAGACUGGGUAUCCCUUCAAUUCUGGACAUUGAUGACAUGGUUAAGAUGGAGAGACCCGAUUGGCAAUCCGUCAUGACGUACGUCACAUCCCUCUACAAGCAUUUUGAAACAUAGCAAGACAUGCUUUGAAUUUGCAGGAUUGCAGUCACAGGUGGUACAUCUGAAAUGGUAAUUUUGGCUGGUAGCCAUAUUCUGGCAAGCAUAACUCUAUUAUGCUUAGUUGCUUAAAGUAACUAUAUGAAAUUUUGUCCAGAUCUUUUACUCACCUCUACCAAAUAAGUUUACUCACAAAUUGAUCUAAAAGCGUUUCCAUAUAAUGAGCAUAUUGCCCAUAUUAUAUUUAAACAUUCCUGGAUACAAGAAAGUCCAUAGCAUCUGGGAUCUUCAAAUUCAUUUGUUUCGCCAGUAAUUAUAAUUAUAUCUUUGCCUUUGUACAUUUCUAACCACCUGUGUAGUUUUAAAGCCUGACUAGACUUUUUGUAAUGAAAGCCUUCCUAUGCAAGGUGUCUGAUCUUCGCUUGUUGAGCUGUGUGUUUUCUGACUAGACUUUUUGUUAUGAAAGCCUUCCUAUGCAAGGUGUCUGAUCUUCGCUUGUUGAGCUGUGUGUUUUUAUAUGAUCUGAUGAUACAGAAUGCAUUCCACUCUUUGUCAAUAUUUAUACAUAGCUGGUAGAGUGUUGUUUCCAUCCGUCACCGAGUGUCAAUUGAUGUUGUUUUAAACAUUCCAAUAUUUGAUGAUUUUUUUUUCUUCAAAACUAUGCGUUAAAGACUGUUCUAGACUGAGAGCUGAAUAUAAGUGUAAAGGUCAUUCCAGUUAAUAAAACACUUUUACUGCUCAAUAUAUCUUAGCUUAAAAGCUUAUAGUUUACAAUAACAACCAUAUCAUUCCUUUUUUUCUUUGUAUUUUGGGCCCAAUUUCAUAACUAAAAUUCAACAAUUUUUGCUGAGCAAAAUGAGCAAGAUAUCAGUCACAAAUGGUUUAAUGGUGACAUAGUAUUGUGGCUGGAAACCUAAAAUCUGGUAAGCUAAUACUUGUUUUGUGCUGGGCUACUUUCUGUGCUUAAGCAUUUCUAUAAAAAUGGGCUCAGGGUCCAAUUUCAUAGAGUGCUUGUGCAGAAAAU